UGGUACUGGGGUGUCUGGAGGAUCGGGAGUACUCGCAGGCGGUCCUGCAGGUGCUAAGAGCAACAACCUAGUAGCUGCAGGCGCAGCGGACGGCUCCUUCCUAAGGACUUCUCUACGUGCAUCAAAUGCUGGCGGAAAGAAACUUCCUAGUAAGAGUCCAAGUGCAGGAGUUGUCACCUUCGCAGAAGUCCCGGAUGUUGUUCAUACACACGACCAAGACGUCGCAGGAGGUCAUCCUCAUAGUCAACAAGGCUUUGGUGGAGGUAGGAAUAGUACAACUGCUGUUUUUGGAGGAAGUGCCACAGGUGGAGCAGGAGUGGGUCUAGUGGUUCCUCCGGGACAUACGUUCUUGCAGCAUCAGAUUGAGCGACUAGCGGCUGCCGCGGUGAGGAACGUCGCGAAAGCAAAGGCUUCAGGUGCGCGUGGUCGGGAAAGCGUGGCGUCUCUAGCGCGGUCGUCGGUUAGCAGUGGGAUUUUGGAAGCCGGUGGAACCACUCCUGGCUCCGAUGAUGAUGUCCUACUCGGUGCCGUCAGUCUAGACUCCGCAGGCGGCCGUCGAUUCCUGGACACUCAAAGAGCACUAGAGGAAGCGGAAACACUCAAUUUGCGUACUAGCAGAAAGAGCGAGGGUGGAGUAAGUUCUCUCCGAGGACAGGCUGAUGAUGUCAACGUAGUUAAGGGUUACCACAUUGCAUUCUUCACUACCAUCCUUGACUAUUUUUCCAGUAGGAAAAGGGUCAGGGAUGAUCUGAAGGAUGCAAUGUCGCAACCUCUAACGUAGGUAAUGUUGAAAGUAACGAUGUCGUUGUUGGUUCAACAUCUGGAUCUGCAAGUAGUGGAGUCUCAAUUACAAGAACAGGAGAAGGUGCCGUUUUAGCGAGUAGCGGUAGUGCAGAUCAUGUUCCUAUGGCUGCUGAAGCUCCAGAUGCUCCUGUGGCUGUUGAAGCUGCUACUCCAGGAGUGGAGGAGCCACCUGAACCAGUGGAGGAAGCCACCGCACUGGAUGGCACUGAAUUUCUGGCGCUGAUGUGCACGUUACCGCAUGUGAAGCCGGAUGACUUCGCAAAGGAGUUCAUUAAGGCUUACAGCAGUGGUCAUCCUAAAAAGAAGCAUCUUUGACCCCUUUCUAAGGUGGAAACGCGUCAGCGAUGCAGCCCGUCAAGAUGAAUAAAUAUAAGUAAAAAGGUCUAAGUUGAGGCAGUUUUGGAAUAACUUGCUGACAUCUCCUGCAAAUACUGGAGGAGGCAACCCUUUAUUUCAAGGUGGUGUGCCUUUUGCUGCGGCUCCAAGUGGGAAUUUUGGUUAUGUUGGUAUUGAAUGGACAAGAUUGAAAGACGAAGAUUCUACUUCAUGCAGAGUUGCAGAGGAGUAGAGAAGAUCUAGUACUAGUAAUUAGACUCGGGUCUUCUGCUUCGACAUCAAUUCAAGAACUUCAAGAUCAUCGGCCAUCUUUCACAUUUAUAUUCUUCUACAACAUUUACUACUCUCUAAUUCUACAUCUACUAGCACUUUCUAAUCCCCCAGAAGCGCAGCGCUCUCCUCCACAUUAAACCUUGUGUCUCCUGGCACGUCUGGAGGUGCUAGAGCUCAAACUUUAGAAGUACUCAAGGACUGUGUCUUAGCGCUCUAUGAUGAAGGAAUAUUUCCCGCCGACGACUUCGUGAGACGCGCUCAAGUCGCUGUAACCAGGAAAGAGAUACCGCAACCAAAUGAAUGUUAAGGAUAGUCGAUCACUAUCAAUCUGGUUGUUCUUGUGUGGACUCUGCUGAACAGUAGUUGUUCUUGUGUGGACUCUCCUGAACAGAAACAGUGCAUUCCCCUUAUAAACAUACAAAAGGCCGCAAGGAAUAUAAGGAAAAGGAAUCCAGUCAAGAACCAUGGAUGGUUACUUACAACUGUCUACCUCUAAGAAUGGUUUCUACGAGCUAUGGAGAUGCUGUUGGCAUUGUCGGAACGACGAACAGUAGCGCAAAUGCAAGCUCAUGAUUGCGCCGCAGACCUGGCGAAGUGGCUACAUCUGUUUACUAUGUUGGAGAGGAAGAGGGAAACCGAGAAGAUUGCGAAGGCGAAAGAUUAUGAGCAUCAACAAGCCUGUAGAAACAGCUAGUACACAAGCCUAUAGAACGUGCAAUUUAAGCCCAUAAUUUCCUUUCACCCGCUCCUGCUAUGAUGUUGAUCUACUUGAUCUUCUACUUAUUCAUAUCAUUUCAUAGAAUUCACACUUUCUUGCAGGAACAGCUCUCCACCUCUCGCUCCUUCCCUCCUUCAAAUGCCAGUCGAGGAGAUCGUUUCUCUGGUGCAUACGACGCAAAUGGAGAUUGAGACCCUGUUGAUGCAAUGCCAGGAGGAACUAGGGCUUCAAGAAAGAUUAGUGGAGGAUUGGCAGGCGGAGAUUAUGACAAGACGGGUUACUGGUUAAUACUUAGAUGUCCUUAGAAGAACGGACAGAGUCAGAGAUAUUGUACCUUGUUUAUCAAUCUCGGAAAAAAGAGGGGCUUCUUCUAAAUGACCACCUCGACCGAGAUAUCGCAUCUACUCAUCUAACAACAGCAAACUCCUGAAACGUGAUCGUCGCAAGAUCCGGGUCAAGAUCAACAAGCUAGACGCCGAACAAGCACGCGAGAGGGAGAAAUGUGCGGAGUUUCUCAGUAAGAUGCUCGAACGAGACUGCGAACUACAAAAACUAGCACAAGUGAUUCCACGAUAUUAUGACCCUAUCAUGUCUUGCUGGUCGAUGUACUUGACCGACCCUAUCAUGUCUUGCUGUUCGAUGUACUUAAUAGUGCUUCUCCUCAAGAAACCUUCCUCUGAAUUUGGUCGAUGUACUUAGUCCUUCUCCUCAAGAAACUACCUUGACCUUCAUGAUCCUCUUUUGUUUUAAUCUUCCAAUUCCAUGAGCUUCAUCAAGUGAUAUUAAACUACUGUGCAUCUAUAAGUCUACACUUUCCUUCGUACUAGAAGUCCCUUGAACACUUUCCGGGACUGAAGAAACUUCGUUCCAAACCUCCUUUUUCCUCCUGCCUUUUCAUACUCCCGCAAGCCUAGAGGAGGAAAUUGAAGCUUAUACGGAGGAGAACGAAGAAUUGGAGGAAUUGCUCGGCGAAAUCAUAACCCAAAGCGAAAACCGAGUGCGGGAACAGAGUUUGCAGUUGGAGGCUUGUGAUGCGGCAGGGAAAGCCAUGAUGGGAGAGGUCGAGAGCGUCUUGACAGCCUACACCGCGGCUUGCGCAAACGCAGACAAACGGGUUGAGGAUAUCUAUCCAUACGCCAAAGUCCCGACCAGGCCAGGGGGAUAUAGUUACUACCGUGCUCCUGGAGAACCACAAGCGGCAACAGCAGUACGCGAAAAGGAGCUGCGAAACCGACGACAAAGUGUGGAAACGUGCGCUGCCAAGUUGCAAAAACUCAUGCCUGGGGUUGUGAAGUGACUCUGAAUUGCUUAUAUUAUAAAUAUCUAGUGGAUCACGCGCAUUGCGCAAGUACUAGUUACCGAUAAAUAUAAACGAGUUCACCCUAAUCUCCUCAAGUUGUACCAAUCAUGCAGCAACCGAAGACAGCAGAGCUGUAUAGCAGCUACAUCAAAGUAAGAAGUGAGUCCGUGCUAGAUGCGAGUGAAAACAUCGAAAGUAAAAGAAUCGACCUUUCAACAAGUUGAAGUAAGAUAAGAAACCUAUUUUGAGUAUACCGAGUGAGAGUGACCAUCCAAUUGCAAGUUGAAUUGAUGCAUCAAGCAAGUGAGAAUCCUGAACCUGAUGCUUUCUUAGGGUAA